AAAACGGGUGAAUCGGCGCUUCCCAACACUAGUUUUGCAAAGCAAAAGCGGUGGAAGAAGAAGCAGAUGACGAAAAAAAUAUGUGCAAGCAGCAGAUCUCGCGAAAAAAUGAUUUUUGCUGCACUUGACGUGUGUGAAAUGUGAACCGAAAGUGUGCAUUCUAUUACCAAGACAAUAAAUCAUAUUUAAGAAAAAUUUUCGAUAGCGCCUGCAACCUUUAAAGCCGCAAAAAAAUGAAGCGAAAAUACGAUAAUUGCGUGCUGCAGCCGAGGCAGCAACAAAAUCCGUGUUUGUUGUAGAUAUACGUAGUACGAGUAUAUGCAAAUAUAUACAUAAUAGAGCAGAAGAGUCUGGCGGUGAGUCCGCCGACGACAACGACGACGCGUUACACAGACAGAACUGAUCUCCCCCAGGCCGCAGUAAUUAAUUCCAAAAAAUCUAGCACUGCGCCAAGGAGCAAACAAAAGAGGCGCGAAAAAUUCGCAAACCAAAAUGGUUGUCUCCAAAGACAACAAGCGUCGCCGCAAGGAGACGGAGACACCUCCCCCUCCACCACCAACGGCGUCCAAUGCUGCAGCCACGGCAGCUGCGGCGAUUGAAUCCUCGCCAGAAAUGCCCAAAAGAACCAAGGUGCAGGCUCAGAGGAAGUUCGCCCAGGGCCAGAGUGCUCCGAGCAGCUCCUCCAGCUUAUCGUACAGCGCCAUCGCAGCCGCUGCCGGGCCGAGCACCUCUGGGGCGGACAGCUCCCAGCCGCCCAUCGAGAUCCUGCCCAACAAGUGCCCCAAGCCGCAGGACUUUGUCACGUUUCUCUGUUUCCGCGGCACUCCCGCCCUGCCGGCCCACUUGGACUACCUCAACCAGGGCAAGCACCAGGAGCCGGCCACCAGCACAACAGGUGCCAGCAGCAACAACAACAACAACGCCAAGAAGAUAAACAACCGGAUCCAGGGAGUGAAGAAGAAACGAGGACGACCGGCCAAGGGAGCUGCCAAAAAGGUUGAACCAGUUCCCGCCGAAGCGCCAGUCGCUGAGAAACCAAAACCAGCUGAGAAGCCAGCCAGUGAUAAAGUCAAUCUCAUGGCUCCCGAGAAGCCAGCGCCCACCAUCUCCCUGCCGACAGCGACUCCUGUCUUGCCAGGAGCUGUGAGGAAGCGGGCGGAGGUGGUGACGGAUGGCAACCGGCGAGGAGCCAGGGGUAGAGGUCCGGCAGGGGUGGCUGACAAGACAGGACCCCGAGCUGGGUCGAGCGAAAAUAUACGACGCUCGAACCGUUCCAUCACCAAGGAGAGCAAGCCCAUCAUAGAGGACGACGACACCCAGGAGGACGAGGAGGAGGAGGCCGAUGACGAUGAGGACGAGUUCUUCUCCGCCCACGAUGCGACCUCCCGGAAUGGGGAGGAACUAAAGCCAGAGAGCAGUUCCGUGAAAGCCGAACCCACCAAGCGAGGACGUCCCGCGGCAGGGAAGCAACAGAAGGUAGCCGAGGCAACGGCAGAGCCAUCGCAAGCAGCUGCCAAGGACAAGGCGCCCGUGAAGCGGGUGCGCCAGCGGGAAUCACCCAUUUUUAUACCUUCACCCGAGUCAUCGGGUCGCAUGACCAGACAGAGGGCUUUUUUCGAGCCAGUGAAGGUUCCUCCCCACCAGGAGGAGCCUUCAAGCCAAGAGCGCGCAAAGGAGGACUCCGACAAGGAGCCAGACCCAGAGCCAGAACCCGAGGCAGAGCCAGAGCCAGAGCCAGAGCCGCCAGCUAAGCAGGUGAAGGAGGCCAAGGAGAAGACGAACUCCAGUAUCUACGCCAAAGACGCCAAGCAGCAGCUGGAGAACGGGGACAGCAAGCACGGUGCUGGUUCCAAGGGCAAGAAGAGCCUGAAUGUCUUCGAUUUCAGUUCCGACGAUGAGCAACCGCUGGCGAAAUCCAUUAAGUUGAAGAAGGGCGCCAAGAAGGGUGGCCCGGCGGCUGCGGCAGCUGCUCCGACGGCCAGAAAUCGCAAGGCGGCUGCCAAGAAACUGGAGAAGGAGCGGGAAAAGGAGAAGGAACUGGAGAAGGAGAAGGAACGAGCCAAGGAGAAGGAAAAGGAAAAAGAAAAGGAACCUACUCCGGAGGGAAAACACGAGGAACCCCCCAGUGGCGGGAAGCGGGGAAAAGCUGGUAAAAAGAAAGCGGAAGAUGCCCCGGCGGAUGAACAGGAUCUGGCACCACCUUCCUCGAAGAAGCCCGCCAACAAUGCCCGGCCCGGACGGAAAUCCGCCAAGAGCAAAGCCUCAGAAGACGACUCCGAGCCCCAGAGAUCGCAGCGUCCGUCGCGGAAGACCAAGGAGGCGGCGGCCAUCUACAUGGGCAUCAUCGGACACAAGCUGCAGCUGGCCGAUGACGAGGAGGACGACCUGUCGCUGAGCAGCUUCCCGGACAUCCCCAACGUCAAGGAGAUGGAGAAGAUGGAGAACGAGAUCAAGCGAAAUGCGGCGGGAAAGUUAAACGUGCCGGAGUCCACGACGGUGUCUCCGGCAGGAAAGCCCUCCCGUAAGCCGUCGCCCGCUGUUGUUGCCGCUGAUCCCGUUCCAGCUCGUCAGGAGUCCCCCUCCCCCACCGAGGCCGAGGAGGAGAAGCCACCGCCCCCGGCCCGUCGCGGUCGCCCGCCCAAGGGGAAGAACUCUGCCGCGGCCGCUCCUCCACCAGCCAAGCCCCAAAUCGAAGGGAUGCUGGUGAAGAAGGGCUCGCUGGCCAAAAUAUCCGAGCAGGCCAAGUCGAAGGCCAAGUCCGAACAUUCAAAAGUCGACUCCGACGAGGAGGAGGACUUUCUAAUCAACGAGGAGCUGAACGAGACGAAGCGAAAGCUGGAGAAGAGCUUCAGUGACUCGGACGACGAGCCGCUGGCCAUCAAGGUGCCUCCGGUGGCGGUCAAGGAGAAGGAGGUCGCACCAGCGAAGCUUCCCACUCCACCCAGUCCGCCGAAGCCGGCGCCGUCGCCCGCUCCUCCUAUCGCCACUGCCGCCUCGUCAGUCGCCCCUUUGGGAGGGCUAGGAUUCUCUGCAGCUCCGAGCACCAGUCAGCUGACCAUGCUGCCACUGACCUCCAAGCUGGGCACACUGCCCAUGCCCAGUAGCACAGUCUCUAACUGCAUCCCGCCGCUGAGCUACUCGCCUCUGAAGGCCAUGGAGAAGAAGCCUCCGGUGCCCACAUCCAAGAUCCUGAACGUGCCCGCCACCUACGCACUGCCGGGCAGCACGGGAUCUGGUUCGGUUGCUCCGGGCACUGUGGGAUUUCAGAAAACCUCCUCGUAUCUACCGGCGGCUUCGCCCCACUACCACUCGGGCUAUGUUCGGCCGCCUCCCACGCCGACGCAUCAGUUCGGGGGCGGAGGAGCUCCGCCUGGAAGUAAGACGCCCGCGUCGCCGCUGAAGUACCAGCAACAACCGAUCACCUAUCCGGCACCCAUCGAGGCGUACCAGUGUCCCAAGAUCAACCCAAACUUUCUGACGCCCAAGUACGAGAGGAGUCCCCUGCCCAGAUCCUCCUCGUCGAGUAACUUUCCCAGUCCCUCCCCGGUGAAGUUUCUGUCCACUACUUCGGGUACCGUCACUGUGACGCCAGCAUCCUUGACUAAGAGUCCACUGGCACCACCGAAUCCCACGCCACCAGUCAGCCAGGUGGUUAUCCAGACAUCCAGCUUGAACCUGAGCACCAGUGUGGCGGCCACAGUCAAUGCAGCACCUCUACCGGUGGCCUCCACCUCGGCAGCGGCGGCUGCUCAACAGGCAGCCACUCCGCCGCCAGCGCAUGUCAACAACAAUGCGGGAGCCGGUACCAGUGGGGCGGGAGCAGGCGCCACCACAGCCGGGGCCAAUGUGGACACGUUGAAGGAUGAGAUCGGAAGCAUUCUGGCCCAGGCCACGCUCAUGCCCAGCAAGGAGGAGUCGGGCAAGAUCUUCGGGAUCGCCAGCGUGAGUCUGGCCCAGAGCUCCGGGCCGGACAACACCAAGUGCACGCUGGGCAAGUGCGGCUCGAUCCACAAGCCUGUGCUGGGACCGGUGGUACCCACGGAGGGAUACUUUGGGGACCAGCUGUCGAGCAAGGAGCGGCGCAAGGCGAAGGUGAACAUGACCCACGAGCAGAUCCAGAAGUGGCUGAUCGAGUGCUCAUCCAAUCCGGACGAGAUCCAAGACGACUUGGACGAUGAUUUUGAUGACAGCAUGAGGCCUCAGCAGUCCACAACUCCACCGCCCACCCGGGACGACAAAGAACUGAGCACCAGCUUCAGUUCCUCGUCAAAGAACACCCGGGGCGAUCUCGGCAAGAGCGAGAGUGCCUGGUCGGCCAAGGGUCCUUCUCUGAAAGCCACUCCGGUGCUGGUCGCAGCGCCCAACCGCAAGCAGGACCUGGAACAGGGCGAUGGCAAGGACUCGGAUGCCCUAGAGUAUGAGAAGUCCUCCUCCACUCCCGUUAAUCUCACCCAGAAGAUACCCAGCACCGAGGCCGGAUCCAGCGAGAAGAAGGGAAACGAACGGAAGACCAAGGACACUGGCAAGGCGACGGGAAGCAAAGCUACACCGCCACAGUCGCGCAGUGCCGCUGCUACGCCACCGACUCCCGUUUCCACACCCACUCCGGUCAAGAGUAGUCCCACUCCUCCGCCGGUGACCAAGCCGAAGGGCGAGAAGGGCAGGAAAAACGCUGCCGCUACCGCUGCAGCAUCGGCAGCGAUGGGAACACCUUCGCCGGCUGCCACUCCCCCACCACCGAUGACGAACACCACCAAGCGGACGCCGGUCUACAACCAAAAGGGUUCCAAGGCCCAGCAGCAGCAAUCCCAGGCGGAAACCAAGGCCACCAACAGUGUAGGAUCGGGCACAAAGAGGGAAUCCGUGUACGCCUUCGGCAAGGAGGAGGAGACCACCGCCGCGAAGCCAUCCAAUCGCAGAAAGGCGAACACCAGUCCCAGUCCAGCUCCGCCUGCUGUUCCCAACGCCCUGAGCGAGCGAUCUCCGACGAAGAAAAGGGCAGCUGCCGCUGCGGCGGCCACGGCAGUCCAACUCACAUUGAGUCCCACCGAGAACUGCAAGAUCGAGGGCAAGCCGAAAGCCGGCACCGGACGAGGAGCCAAGAAACAGCAACAGCAGCCAGCUGCUCCAGCACCUAACCCAGUGCCGGUGGAGGCCAGUGGCGAUUCGGACGGCGAGGGAGCCACCUUCUACAUACCUCUCCAGGGAGCAGGAGUCGGGGGCAGUGGCGACGGUGGCAUCCAGGGGGUUGCUGUGAAACUGGGAAGAGAGGGCCCGGACGGCCCCAACCAGAAGGUGGUGAUGCAGGCCACCCUGGUGACCAAGGCACAGAUGGACACCAACUCGAAGCCACUGCCGGAGUCGUUGAACACCAACGAACUCGUGAAGACGCUGCUCCACGCCGCCAGCAACGAUGCGGCCUCCACCACCACCAGCUUGAAGAGCCUGCCCAAGGCCAGCACCUCCGCGGCAGCAGGAGCUGCUCAAGGUCAAGGCCAGGGCUCCAGUUUGGUUCGAGUGAACUCCAACUCAUCGCUGUUCUCCGGCUCGGCCAAGUCCCGGACAGCUGCGCAGACCAGCUCCACGGCAGCGGCCGUCGCCAAGAAGUACAAGGACGACACUCCCAUCAAGAUGGCCAACAACACGGCCUUUCCGCGCCACGAUGAUCCUACCCAGAUGGUGGAGGCGCCUAUCUUUCGACCAACGGAGAAGGAGUUCGCUGAUCCCAUUGAGUUCAUCGAGAGAAUCACACCGAUUGCGGCCAGGUUCGGCAUCUGCAAGAUAAUCCCUCCGGCCAGCUUUAAGCCGGAGUGCCGGAUCUCCGAUGAGAUGAGGUUCACGGCCUACAACCAGUACGUGCACAAGAUGCUCCACCGCUGGGGACCGAGUGCCAAGGAGUUGAGUGCGAUCAAGAAGUACCUGGCCACCCAGAGCAUCGUCAUGAACCACCCGCCCUGGAUCGGUGGCAUGGAGGUGGAUCUGCCGCGACUGUAUCACACGGUUCAGGAGCUGGGCGGUCUGAAAGAGGUGAUCGAGAAGAAGAAGUGGUCGCGCGUGGCGGAGGAGAUGUGCAUUCCCAAGCUGGCCCAGGACAGGGUCACCAAGCUGGACGAUAUCUACUGCAAAUACCUGCUGCCCUACGACACCCUCUCGCCGGCGGAGCGCCAGAAGCUCUUCGACGAGGUGGAGGCCGACUGGGCGAAGCGGGAGGCGCGAGCACGCCGGAAUGCGGAUCGAUUCGUUAACACCGAAAGCGUUUCCAACGAGGAGGACGACGUGAGCAGCGAUGAGGACGAAGAGUCCGAGGAGGAGAUCGACGGCGUGUCCAUGGAGUGCAUUGUGAAGGGCAGGAGCAUGCCGCUCAGCCAGUUCUACCGGAUUGCCAGGAACACCAUGGCCUUGUGGUUCAAGAGCACCGAUCCCACCGUCAACGAGGUGGAGGCCGAGUUCUGGCGCCAUGUGGCUGUCAGGGAUAGCCACGUGUGCGUCCACUCUGGUUCGAUCGAUAGUUCAGGUUGGGGCUAUGGUUUUCCCAGUCCGGGACCCAAAGGAAAGGGAUCCAACUACGCCAGACAUCCGUGGAAUCUGAAGGUUCUGACCAACAAUGCCGGAUCCGUGCUGCGCUCGUUGGGGCCUGUGAUGGGCGUCACUGUGCCCACUCUCCACGUCGGCAUGCUGUUUUCUGCCUGCUGCUGGUACCGGGAUCCACAUGGUCUUUCUUGGAUCGAGUAUCUGCACACGGGUGCUUCGAAGCUCUGGUACGGCAUUCCGGAUGACCAGAGUGCAAACUUUAGGGCGGCACUAACCUCGCUGAUACCGACUCACUGCCAGAACAAGACCAUCUGGCUGCCGUGCGAUACGGUGAUGGUGCCGCCGCACAUGCUCACCGAUCGCGGGGUGUCCCUGUGCCGGAUUGAGCAGAAACCGGGAGAGUUCAUCGUGGUGUUCCCCAGGGCGUACACCUCCAGCUUGGCCACCGGAUAUGUGGUGUCCGAAAGCGUCUACUUCGCUACCAUGUCGUGGCUGGAUCUAGCCAAGGAUGAUUUCAGGGACAUCCACGAGAGCUGCGAGCCUGCCAUGUUCUCGCUGGAGCAGUUGCUGUUCGCCUUGGGCUACGACCAGCGCGUCAACUCGGAGGCCCUGCACCAAAUGCUACCCAUGCUUAAUGAGGUUUGCGAAAAGGAAUCCGCUGCCAGAGAACAGCUUAGGGCUGCUGGUGUCACUUCCACCGAAAAGGUGCAGGCAGAGAAGGGCCAGAAGGCCAAGAAGCAGCAACAGCCGCCCUACAAGUCCAUCGAGAGCGAGUGCGACCUGUGCCGCGCCAACCUCUACAUAUCGAUGGUGCGAACGGAGGAGGGCAACGUCUACUGCCUGCAGCACGCUCUGAAGAACCUCAACAACGGCAACAUCCAGGCCAAGCAGUGCAAGCUGAUAUACGCCUACAACGUGGAUGACAUACAACAGCUUAUUCGGCAGCUCCAGGAGAAGAUUCAUCACAAGGCGGCGGUUAAAAAAAAGUAGCAUCGUCGGCGUCGUUACUAAAAGGCGGCGCAGGAUAUAGAUACUACGACUAGGGAUUCAGGAUAAGGAUAUAGGACACUAAUGUAUAUAUAUAUAUAUGAAAGUGUAUACGUAUGUGAUUCGCCGAUAAUUGGGUGAAAUAAUGAUCUAUGGACGCAUUAAACGGAGCGACAGACGCGCAUAUUUAUAAUGUAUAUUAUCCAGUUUGCAAACUGGCACUAUUACUAACUGUACGUUAAGAGCAUAGGAUUGGAUAGACUUGUACUGUUUACAUACAUUUCACUGUGGCAAUGCUUUCAAUUUUAACUAGUUUAUACCUUAUGUCGAUAAAAAGUUUGCAAUCAAUUUUGUUUUCCAUUUUUUUCGUUUAUUCUUUUUUGUUAUGCAAUAUGCUUCCCCGCUCCCCCACAAAAAAAACAAAACCACAAAAAAGCAAAAAAAAAAGUGUUAACCCCUUAACUUUUGUGUUAUUUGUAUAUAGAGAGAAAUAGUAUAUGUACUAAUGUAGUUUUUGGAUUAAGUCAGGAGAAGCCCUCAAAGAAACCCAGCUAACAUGUUGCAAUUUCUACUACUACCUUUCUUAGGCCAUAAGAUAUCGAGUAAAUACCAUAGAGAAUCAGAAAUUCAAUCAUAAUGGACCCAUUAGCUUAGCACCAGCAAUAGAAACCGGACUAACGAACGCAAUAGUUACUAAUUCUAUCUUCGAAACUGCAGAAGGAAGUCGCACAAUACCAACCAAAUACCAUUUUAAAACAACGCUGGUUGCGCCUAAAUGAGAAAAUUUCACUAUAUGUUCAAUGUAUUUAUAUAUAUACAGAUAUAUAUUAGUAAUACAUUAUUUAAGUAACAAGUGCAACAAUAAAUCUUAACGCGAUAUAUCGAA